AUGGCUGACAAAAAUACUGAAGUCAGUAGCACGCGYUCCUGUGCGCAGUGUAGUAAACCGAUCAAAGCUCGAGUAAUGCUGUUUGCAUUAGACCAGUACUGGCACGAGGAUUGCCUAAAGUGUACCUACUGCAAUAAACGACUYUACGAAAUCAGUAACAAGUUGUAUCUGAGAGGAGAGUUGAUACUCUGCAAGAGAGACUACAUUAGACUGUUCGGCGCAACUGGGAUGUGUUCGCUGUGUUUUAAAGCCAUUCCUCCGCUGGAAAACGUCAUGCGAGCUCGUGAACAUGUUUUUCAUCUGGACUGCUUCGCAUGUCAAUUUUGUGGAUACCGAUUCUGCAUUGGGGAUAAAUUCUUUCUGUACCAGAGCUCCGUUCUUUGCCAGGAUGACUAUGARGAUCUGAUUUCAAAUAUCUACCCUUUACUGACACCACCUUGACUUGGAGGGCAGGGAUUAUAUCCGUUAAAGGAAUACAAUACCCUGGUUUAGAUCAAUCUUCUUACUUCCAUCUAAAUAAAUAACUUCCCAAAUGACACAUAGUUUAUAACUGCAUKAAAUAUUCUUAGUCAACUCCAUUUUUCAUAGUAUUUA